AUGCUUUGCAUCUGGGAAGCUCAAUUUGGUGAUUUCUUCAACGGUGCCCAGAUCAUCAUCGACACGUUUAUAGCGUCGGCUGAGAGCAAAUGGCUGACCCAGAGCGGCUUGGUAAUGCUUCUGCCACAUGGGUUCGAUGGUGCUGGCCCGGAGCAUUCCAGUUGUCGAAUGGAGCGCUUCUUACAGAUCUGUGACUCUAGGGAGGAUCAAAUCCCUGUCGACGGCGAGAAUGUGAACAUGCGAGUGGUCAAUCCAACAACGGCUGCCCAGUACUUCCAUCUUUUGCGUAGACAGACGAUCACGCCCUACCGUAAGCCGCUGAUUGUUGUGGCGCCGAAAAUCCUUCUCCGGCACCCACAGGCUGCUUCCACGCUAGCAGAAUUGGCCCCCGGAACAUCGUUCCAACCCGUUAUUGAUGACAAGUCGAAAACGGCUGAGAAGGUUAUUUUUGUCUCGGGCAAACACUGGAUCGCGGUCAACAAGGCUCGCGAGGAACGAGGUCUCGUUGACAAGGUGGCUAUCGUCCGCGUCGAACAAUUGUGCCCCUUCCCGGUCAGCGAGCUAUCCGCUGUCAUGAAGAAAUAUCCGAAUGCCAAAAAGUUUGUUUGGUCACAAGAAGAGCCUCGUAACGCCGGUGCUUGGAGCUUCAUGCGACCUCGUUUUGAGAAUGCGCUCGGCGUCCGGCUCCAAUUUGCCGGCCGACCGGAACUUGCUUGGACCGCCACGGCUAUCGGCGAGCACCACCAAGCCGAAAAUCAAAAAGUGAUCGACGACACGUUCCGUGAU